AUGAGGUCGCUGCGCUUCAUUUCUGCUGAGACCCUGGUGUCUCACCCCCAGGUGGCCCAGCAGAGCCUGGACGGCGUGGCCUACAAUCUCUACCCGCUCCUGUUCAAAGCCAGCUACCUGCUGGAGCAGGCGGGGGUGGUCCGCGCGCUGCUGGGGCGCUGGCCGCUGGAGGAGUUCCGGCUGGGUGCGCUGCUGGGGCCGCGCUCGGAGCCCCCCGACGACCUGCGGGACCGCGCCUGCAGGGCCUGCCUGGAGGCCUGCGUGCAGGGCCUCGCGGACCACGUGCUGCGGGCCGGGGGCCCGGGGCGGCUGCGGGUGGCAGACCUCACGGGCAUCCGGGACGUGCGGGUGCAGCGGUGCCCCUGUGGCAGGGCUCUGGGCAGGUGGGGCCGCACAGAGCUGCUGGCCAGGACCUGCUGCCAGCUGCAGGCCGCGCCCCCCGCCGCCCGGCGCCCCAUCCGGGUCCUUGCUGACCUCUUUGUCACUGAGGGCAACUUCAAGGUGGUGGUGCAGGCCCUGGGCCCAGCAGGCCCUGCCCCACUGCGUGUGCACUGCCUUUCCUUCCGCGCAGACAGUCUGGGCCCCAGCCAGCUCCUGCACGUGCUGCGUCUGGCCGGGCCUGGGGAGCUCCGCAAGCUGGAAGUGGUGCACAAUGUGCGACUGCAUGCGGGACACGUGCAGCAGCUGCUGGCCCAGGUGGGCUUCCCCCAGCUGGCCUCGCUCACCCUGCCGGCCAAGGCCUUCGAUGCGCCUCCCAGCAGCCCCCUAAGCCCCCAUGGCGAAGACCCCUUCCUCGCCUCCAUCGCCUGGGAGCUCAGCCAGAUGACCCAGCUCACGGAGCUGAGUGUGGCCUUCUCCACCCUGACAGGGAAGGUUCAGAAGCUGCUCGGCCCCCUAAGGACACCACUGAGGGUCCUGGACCUGGCCAACUGCUCCCUGAACCACGCAGACAUGGCCUUCUUGGCAGACUGUGCCCACAGCACAUAUCUGGAGGUGCUGGACCUCAGUGGACAUGGCCUGUUCCGCCUGUUCCCCUCAACCUUCUUCAGGCUGUUGGGCCGGGCUGCGCAGACACUGAGGAUUCUCUCCCUGGAGGAGUGCAGCAUUGAGGACAGCCACAUAAGCAUGCUGAUCUUGGCCCUGAGCCCUUGCCAUGAGCUCUGUGAGCUCCGCUUCCUGGGGAACCCACUGUCAGCCCGGGCUCUGAGACGCCUCUUCACUGCUCUUUGUGAGCUGCCCAAGCUUCGGUGUGUUGAGUUCCCAGUGCCCAAGGACUGCUACCCUGAGGGUACCGCCUACCCCCAGGAUGAGCUGGCCAUGUCCAAGUUUGACCAGCAGAAAUAUGAUGUGAUUGCCGAGGACCUCCGGGCUGUGCUGCUUAGGGCUGGCAGGGGUGACAUCCAAGUCUGCACACCCCUCUUUGGAAGUUUUGACCCAGAUAUCCAAGAAACAAGCAAUGAACUUGGAGCUUUUUUGCUGCAAGCUUUCAAAACUGCUCUAGAAAACUUUUCCAGAGCAUUGGAACAAAUGUAG